AAGGCAAAAAAAGCAAUAGAGAGUCAAAAGAAAAUUGAAUUUCAAAUAAAGAAAGCAAAAUUAGAGUGAUAAUGGAGCACAUAGCAAGUAAAUGGAGGGCUAUGAGUGUUGGGAACAACUGGGAGGGUCUGUUAGACCCUCUCAACAAUGAUCUUCGACGAUACAUCAUUCAUUAUGGUGAAAGAGCCGAAGCUGCCGGGGCUGCCUUCAUCAGCGAGGUGAAAUCCAAGAAUGUUGGACUCCCUCGUUAUCCAAAGACAAAUUUGUUCUCAAAGAUUGGUUUGGAGCAAGGAAAUCCAUUCAAAUACACUGUUAAGAAAUACAUCUAUGCAUCAACAUCCGAAAUAACCGAGAACACUCCAAUGGGAGCCGCGGGGAACUCAAACUGGAUCGGUUUUGUUGCAGUCUCUACUGAUCAAGGAACUCAUGUUUUAGGAAGGAGGGAUAUUUUGAUUUCGUGGAGGGGAACCAUUCGACAUGCAGAGGAGGCCAUCGAUUUAAAAACCCUUCUAAUUCCAGCUCCAACUAUAUUUGGAUCAGAAAAUAAUGAUGCUAAGAUUCACCAUGGUUGGUAUUCAUAUUAUACCCAUGCUGAACCUGGGUCAACCUACAAUUCAACUAGUUCUCGAGAACAGGUUUUAGAGGCGAUUAGCAGGUUGAUAGAGGAAUAUAAGGAGGAGAUAGUCAGCAUUACCGUGACAGGCCACAGCAUGGGUGGUGCACUUGCAAUUCUGAAUGCAACUGAUAUUGUCUUCAAUGGAUUUAACAAGCCAACCACCACUGGAGGCAAGGUGUGUCCAGUCAUAGCAAUUGUGUUUGGAUGCCCUCGUCUUGGAAACCAAGGUUUCAGCGACCUUUUUUCCGGACUCAAAAAUCUUCACGUCUUGCGAGUUAGAAAUUCCAAGGACAUUGUCCCUGAUCUUCCAAAGCACGACCUUCUUGGUCACAAAUACAUUCAUGUCGGAAACGAGUUUCCUAUCGACACAACCACAUCGCCAUACUUGAAAAGCCAUGAUUCUAAUCAUGCAGCACUUCAUAAUUUGGAUAUCUAUUUGCAUGGAGUUGCAGGACCAAAGGUGGUUGAUGGAAAAAAUGAGUUAGAAGUUGACAGGGAUAUUGCAUGGGUGAACAAACAGACGGAUUUAUUAAAAGAUGAAUAUAAUAUUGUUGCUAAUUGGUGGGUUAAGGAAAAUAAAUCUAUGGUUCAAAUGGACGAUGGAAAGUGGGUGCUCAAGGACCCUGAGAUAGCUGGAGAAGAUGAUUAUAUAUAAUUAAUAUAUAAUCGAUCAUUGCCGCUUGAUUUGAACUGCUUAAUUCUUCUUUGUCGUCUUGGCUGUAUGAGCUAGCUGAGUUUGGGGCUCAGAUAUUGUCUCUCAAAAUAAAAAUAAACUUUGGCAAUGCCACUUAAUUUGUUAAAACUCAUAUGUAUUUUGUUGUUUUGUUGUUUGUUUUCAAUAAGUUUGGCCCUCUGCUUUGGGUCUAUAGCAGAUAGGAUUUUCCUUUGUAACUUAAUAUGUGUGGUUUGUUUUCAAUAAAAAACUUGUCUUUCUCUA